CAGAAGAGCUGCGACGCGGGCAUUGCGAAUACAGUUAUGGCCACCCAAGUAAUGGGACAGUCUUCUGGAGGAGGAGGAGGGCUAUUUACCAGUAAUGCCAACAUUGGCAUGACCUUGCCUAACGACAUGUAUGACUUGCAUGACCUCUCUAAAGCAGAACUGGCUGCGCCUCAGCUUAUCAUGUUGGCAAAUGUGGCUUUGACUGGGGAAGUGAAUGGCAACUGCUGUGAUUACUUGGUUGGUGAAGAAAGACAAAUGGCAGAGUUGAUGCCUGUUGGGGAUAACAACUUUUCAGAUAGUGAUGCAGAAGUACUUGAAGAGUCUCCUGAUGUAAAAGGUGAACCGAAUGGACUGGAAAAUAUGGAACUGGAAAGUUUGGAACUUGGUGUCGUAGAACCUCAGCCUGUAUUUGAGGUAUCUGCUGCCCCAGAAAUUUAUAGUGCAAAUAAAGAUCUUCCUACUGAAACACCUGGAACAGAGGACAAGUGCAAGAACUUGAAAACCAAACCUUUCCGCUGUAAGCCAUGCCAGUAUGAAGCAGAGUCUGAAGAACAGUUUGUGCAUCACAUCAGAGUUCAUAGUGCCAAGAAAUUUUUUGUAGAGGAAAGUGCAGAGAAGCAAGCAAAAGCCAGGGAAUAUGGCUCUUCCACUGCAGAAGAGGGAGAUUUCUCCAAGGGCCCCAUUCGUUGUGACCGCUGUGGCUAUAAUACCAACAGAUAUGACCACUAUACUGCGCAUCUGAAGCACCACACCAGAGCUGGGGAUAAUGAGCGAGUCUACAAGUGCAUCAUUUGCACAUACACUACAGUAAGCGAGUAUCACUGGAGGAAACACUUAAGAAACCAUUUUCCUAGGAAAGUAUAUACAUGUGGAAAAUGCAACUAUUUCUCAGACAGAAAAAACAAUUAUGUUCAGCAUGUUCGAACUCAUACAGGAGAACGCCCAUAUAAAUGUGAACUUUGUCCUUACUCAAGUUCCCAGAAGACCCAUCUAACUAGACACAUGCGCACUCAUUCAGGUGAGAAGCCAUUUAAAUGUGACCAGUGCAGUUAUGUGGCCUCUAAUCAACAUGAAGUAACCCGCCAUGCAAGACAGGUUCACAAUGGACCUAAACCUCUUAACUGCCCAUACUGUGACUAUAAAACAGCAGAUAGAAGUAACUUCAAAAAACACGUAGAGCUACAUGUUAAUCCGCGGCAGUUCAACUGCCCUGUAUGCGACUAUGCAGCUUCCAAGAAAUGUAAUCUCCAGUAUCAUUUCAAAUCUAAGCACCCUACUUGUCCCAAUAAAACAAUGGAUGUUUCAAAAGUGAAACUGAAAAAAACCAAAAAGAGGGAGGCUGACUUGCCUGAUAAUAAUAUUACCAAUGAAAAAACAGAAACAGAGAAGACAAAAAUAAAGGGAGAUGUGGCUGGGAAGAAAUAUGAGAAGCCUGUAAAAGUAGAGAGAAAGGAUAAUGUUUCAAAAGAGAAAAGGUCUUGUAAUGCCUCAGUGGUCCCAGUGACUACGAGAACUCGCAAAUCAGCAAUGGAGACUAAAGGGAUGGAUGUGCGUGAAGGAAAUAACUCAGAAAGAUCCUGUAAAGGCAAGAAAAGCAAAAGGAAGGUGGAAGCUGAAGCCCAUUCCUUAAAUGAUCCUGUGAAUGAUGAAGAACCUGUGACAAAAAAGAAAAAGAAGGUAGAAAGCAAAUCCAAAAUCAGUCAGGAAGUGCCAAAGGGUGACAGCAAAGUGGAAGAGAAUAAAAAGCAAAAUACAUGUGCAAAAAAAAGUGCAAAGAAGAAAACUCUAAAACAUAAUAAAUCAAGUAAAAAAAACAGCAAGGUUUGCCAGAAGAAGACUGCCCAGAAGGGGCCUGAGCAGGUGAAGCCUCCUCAUAAGGUACCAGCUCAGAAGCACCCACCUCAGGUGGAGCCUCCUCCCAGAGAGCUGCUUUCUCCUAUGGAUGCUCCUCCACCUGUGGAGCCGCCUCCUUCUUCGGAUCCUCCUCCUUCUAUGGAGCCUCCUUCUGUGGAAUUGUCUCCUUCUGUGGAACUGACUCCUUCUAUAGGGUCCCAUCCUCAGGUGGAGCCGCCACCUCCACCUCAGAUGGGGCCACCACCGCCCCCUCAGAUGGAUCCGCCACCUUCACCUCAGAUGGAUCCGCCACCUCCACCUCAGAUGGAUCCGCCACCUUCUCCUCAGAUGGGGCCACCGCCACCUCCUCAGAUGGGGCCACCACCACCACCUCAGAUGGAGCCACCACCUCCUCCUCAGAUGGAUCCGCCACCUUCUCCUCAGAUGGGGCCACCGCCCCCUCAGAUGGAGUCUCCUCCUCAGAUGGAGCCUCCUGCUCAGAUGGAGCUGAUUCCCAAAAAGUCUCCCCCAAAUCAUGAUGAUAAGGAAAUUGCUGACAUGCAGAGUGAAAUGGCACGGAAGGAGCAAGUCCUUAUUGAAGUUGGCUUAGUGCCUGUUAACAAAGACAGCACGAUUCUAAUAGAAAGUACAAGCACACAGGACCUCCUACCACCAUCACCACUGGUGCCAAAGGAAAACUUAAAGGAAGAGGAGUCAAAAGACCAAAAAUUAUUCUCUGAAGAGGAAGAAAUUAGAGAAGCCCCUCUUCAGAAAAUAGGAGCAGAGGAGGCUGACGAGAGUCUGCCUACUGUUGCUGCUAGUACUGAGGAAUUUACCAGUAUUUCAUCUUCUGAACAAAACUUGAAAAUGCCAGAAGGUGACAUUUUACAUGGUAAACAUCAGGCUGACACUAUGCUUUGUGAAAUGGAAACUGACGCUGAUCAGAACACAACAGAGAGUCUCUCUGGUAAAGACUCAGCAGUUGAACCAAUAUUACCACUACUGCUUCCUCCACCAAUAGAAAAACAUGAAGCAGUGUCCAAAACUGCUCUGGCACCACCUCCUGUUACCACAGCAGAAAAUGAGUCUCAGGAAAUUGAUGAAGAUGAAGGCAUUCACAGUCAUGAUGGAAGUGACCUAAGUGAUAACAUGUCAGAGGGGAGUGAUGAUUCUGGAUUGAAUGGGGCUCGGCGGGUUCCACAGGAAACUAGUAGAAAAAAUGCAAAGGAAGCCUUGGCAGUCAAAGUGGCUGAGGGCGAUUUUGUUUGCAUUUUCUGUGAUCGUUCUUUUAGAAAGGAAAAAGAUUACAGCAAACACCUCAAUCGCCAUUUGGUUAAUGUCUACUUCCUUGAGAAAGCAGCAAAAGGGCAGGAAUAA